UCCUCCCCCUGGUGACGUAGCUCCUCCCCUCAAUACGUCACAAGGUCCCUUCAGCCCCUCCGAUAUAGAACCAACCGUGCGCCCAGGCGCCCCAGAGACAUGUCACAGGAGAGCGUAGUAGUGGGAGAUAUACAAGUGUCUCUAAGAUGACAGCAGUGACACGUCAAGACGUUCUUGGCCUUUACCGCCAAAUUUUCCGUAUUGCAAGGCAAUGGAAGUCCUUGUCAGAACUGGAGGAGGAGACCAUAAAGGAGAAGCAGUACAUAGUGGAUGAAGCCAGAAAAUUGUUUCAUAAAAAUAAAAAUGUAACACAUGCAGAAACGAUCCAGCAAUGUAUAGAAGAAUGCAAGGCUCGAGUUGAAAUUGGUUUACAUUAUGGAAUCCCGUACCCCAGACCUACUUACCUACCUCCUAUGGGACUUGCCAUACCACAUAGUAAAGCCAUGAGCACACAGGAGAAGCUAAGGAAACAAGCCAAGCCGCUCUACUUGAAGUCAUAUGAUGAAAUCUCAUAAUGUCAGCAAGAAGCGUUUUACUACUUAAGUUCCUGUUGCAGCAGAUUGAGCUUCUGGAGUUGCAGCAUGAAGGACAGUUGGGUUGGGUCUGUCUGAAGGAUAUGACCCGCAGGCUGGUUGGGGUCAGAUCUGCAGUAGCGCUGGCCUAUACGCCUGAUAUUUAUAUGCAGAUAACACUACUGGGAUUAUUACCAUAAUGUGGAUGAUCACAACUGAAGAUGCAGCUACAGGCUCGCUCUAUUAGUUGUGUGAUUUGCUUAUGCUGCUAAAAUGUUACUAGCGCUAUACACGUUCAGUGUAUCUCUGCAUUUAGAAUGUAUGCUUGUCCUUUGAUGUUGAUAUUGUCACCUGUAUAAGUAUCCUGCUGUAAUAAAUCUCAUUUCUCUGA